AUGGCGCCUAGCUCGGUCGUCGAGGCCUCGCUCCGUGGGCGAAUUGGGUUUGGGGAGAUGUACCAAGGCGACCCUUGGGAGACAAUAAUCCGCGCCGAGGUUCGGCAGCUACUUCUAGCAAUGCGCCGUGUCCAUAUCCCAACCCUCAUCCUCAUCAUCGGCGUAUGCGUGCUCUGCCUCAUCGCAUCCACACGGCAGCAACGCAUCUCGCUCUCUUCGACCUGGAUCCUACGGCGUCGACGUCGGCGCCACUGGUCCUCCUGGGAUCUGUCUCGAAGCAGCAAAGGCGCGGCUGGCCCGGACUGCCUCCCUACCACCUCAGUCCGUGACACCUCGGGUGACCUGGCAGUAGACAUGGCCAGAGAGGAGAAGAAAAAGAAGCCCGGCUCGGAGAACCGGAACCCACUCCGGCCGCAGGCUCGCAGGCCAACGCCGCACGAGGGGCCAUCCGCCACCGCGUACCUCGCCCAGGGCCGCUACACGGGCGUGCUCCUGCCGGCGAGCAGCACCGUGCCGCGCGCCGUGGAGGCAUGGCGCGGCAUCCCCUUCGCCCAGACGACAGGCGGCCAGAACCGCUUCCGGCCACCUGUGCCGCUGGACCUGUCCGCCUCGUCAGCGGCCGACGCCCACGACGCCAGCGUCUUCGGGCCCGUGUGCCCCGGCACCGCGUCCCGCAUCCCGGGCAUGCUUGACGGUGAGAACUGCCUCAACCUAAAUGUGUACCGCCCGGCGUCGUACGACCCGGGCCGGGGCCACGCCGCCAUGCCCGUCGUGGUCUACGUCCACGGCGGCGCCUUCAACGGCGGCCUGGGCACGGAGCGCGACAUGAGCAGUUUCGUGGGCUGGUCUGAGACGCCCAUCGUCGGCGUCAACUUCAACUACCGCGUCGGGGCGCUGGGGUUCCCCAGCUCGAGUGUCGCGGAGCAGGAAGGGGCGCUGAACCUGGGGCUAAGGGAUCAGAGGCUGUUGUUUGAGUGGGUGAGGCAGAAUAUUGGCCACUUUGGGGGUGAUGCGUCUCGCGUCACGCUCAUGGGAAUGAGUGCUGGGGCGCAUUCGGUCCAGAUCGGCUACCACCUACAAUCAUAUACAUCCCAGGAUGCCGCCCCCUUCCACGGCGCAAUAAUGGAAUCCGGAGGUGCAACCGCACGUGCGACCCUAUCUCCAUCUCAUCCGCGGACAGAAGAACAGUUCGCCGAGUUCCUUCGUGCGGCAGGAAUCGAACCAACCCAAACUCGCGCGGAUCAAAUCUUCCCCUUGCUGCGGUCCCUGCCACUGGAAACAAUCCUCUACGCAUCCAGCACCGUCUUUUCGCGGUACCAGGACCCGAUCCGGUGGCCCUUCCAGCCCGUCAUUGAGUCCCCCGGCGCCCAGGACGGCGCGGUCACCGACCUCCCCAUCAAUCACUUCCGCCGCGGGAGCCACCUCAAGAUCCCCGUGCUGGCGGGCUUCAACACCAACGAGGGAACCGUGUUCGCCUCGCCGCGAGUCGAUACGGGCGACGAGUUCCUCGGCAAGUUCGCCACCAUGAUCCCCGGCCUCAGCGGCGCCGACCUCUCCGCGCUGGCCAAGCUGUACCCGGACCCCGUCACCAACCCCACGAGCCCGUACGCGAAUGUGCCACCCGGCUUCGGCCGCCAGUGGGCGCGCUACGAGGCCGCCUACUCGCAUUAUGCUUACGUCUGCCCUGUGCUCCAGACUGGACAUUUCCACAGUGAUCACGAGGAGAGUGACGGCGGUGGAGACGACUACCCUGUGUGGAUCUACCAUUUCGCCGCCCUGUCACGCCCCGACUUCGGAGGCAAGGCCAACCACGUGGAUGAGGCCGCCCUGGUCGCGCACGACAUGGGCGCCAUCGGCAACUUCCCGGGCCUGGUGAGGACGGCAGACGCCAUGCACGGGGCGUGGACGCGCUUCAUCGCCACGGGGGACCCGAACCCCGCGCACAUCGACGACGAGGCAGGCCAGAAGGACAACUCUUAUUCUCCCUCCUCUACCUCCUCGACGCCCUUCUGGCCGCGCUUCAGCAGCCCCUUCGUGGGCGACACGGCCCGGGCGCCCGGCCGGCUGCGGCGCAAGGGCCGGGCGGGCGGCGAGGAGUGCGGGCGCGUGAUGAUGUUCGGGCUGGGCAACGACGAGCGCAUGGGCGGCGCUGGGAGGGGAACGCCCGGCGUGCCGGCGACGGUCGUCCGGAUGACCGAGGCCGAGGUCGAGAAGUGUAGGUUCUGGUGGGAGCGGGUCGAGCUGAGCGAGGGCAUGGGCGGCAGGCUGGCAAGAGGCGCCGCGAGGUCGAGGCUGUGA